AUGUCAAAUAGUCAACCACCCCCUUCAUAUGGGGGUCACCCCAGCUAUGCACAGUGGCCUCCUCCUUAUCCCGGCAUGAUGCCUCCGAAUAUCCCACCGGGCCAGUAUCCUCCUCCCAUCCCACCACCUCUCGCCAACACCGGCCAACCCUUCCCAUAUCAUAUGGGAGGUUUUGACCCAAACGCGACCAUCCCCAUGCCUCCCAACGGCGCACCAACUGGUCCUGGGAUUUUUUAUCCACCUCCUUUCCCUUUCAUGCAACCGCUCGAUCCAUCACAAAUGCCGGCACAGUCAUUUCCUCCCACGCCCAUGCCUCCACUUGGUUAUCCACAAUUUCCAGCUCCACCGGGGUCCUCACAACCUGCACCCGGACCCUGGGACGCGCAUUCAGCAGACACGAGUCGAGCGCAAAUUUCUCAAUCACAGACGAGAGCCACUAGUUACACCAAUUCCAAUCGUGAAGAUGGCGAAGUCGGCGACGAAGAAACAAGCCCAGCCUACAGGGUGACGGAAGCCUCGAGACCUGCCAGAGGUCCCGGUCUGGUUCAAGCAUCUUCUGUGCCACAUGACGAUUUGGAAGAAGGUGAAGCACUUUCAUCGCGAUCGUCUAGCAGAAGCAGUUCGCCCUACAACCCCCCUCUGUCAGUUUCCGCGGAUCCCGACGUGGUCAACCGUGCGAUCGAGAUGCAAAAACGAGAAGUGACGACAGCGACUUCGGAGGACUCACAGCCAUCCAUUCCAGCAGCACAGCUGCGAGUCCAGGCACAGGGAGCUUUACUUAGCCUUGCGCCUCACAACAUCCGGUACAAUGAGCUAGUAGCUGAGGGUAUUAACCCAGCACUCUUGAAGCAACUUUACGAAGAUAUCGGAAUUAAAGUCGCUGCGCCCCAACCUGAGAAGAAAGCCGCGCCCAUCACCCUCCCCUCGGAGCCAUCCAAUGCGCCCAAGACGAAAGAUCUUGCUCCACAGCCUACGCCUGCAGUGAAACCCACAGAGCUUGUAGUUCUGGACAGUGCGGAAGUCAAGUCGAAAAAGCCAGCGAUAAAAGUAUCCCAGAAGCCUGCCACGAAUACAUCUCCCCCGAGCUCUACGAAGCCCAUGGAAAGAAAGGAGGUUAUUGCCCGGAUGCUUGCUGCCAAAGCCGCUGCGAGAGCAUCCGAACCCAAGGUCUCUCCCAAGGUCACUCCUACUCCAACCCCGCCAGCAGCCCCAGCGGCAAAGACGAACGGAGCUGGUCGACAAGCCCUGACGAAAAGGGAAGAAAAGAACCAACAGUUCAGCCAGGCUCCUUCUGACCCGGCUCAAUCUGAUGAGCUUUCAGAGGGCGUUGCCCCAGCUGUGCAGCAUCCUCUUCCUGUUCGCCCCCCUCCGCCAUCUUCCGAUCCCGCCAAACUUCCAGGCCUCCUCUUAACGGGUUCCGAUCCAGAAAACGGUUUGCCUUCUACUCUUCCGGCCUCCCAGGUUAUUGCUGUCGACUCGACUCCAGUGUCCCGGGCAGCACAGCGGAAGAGGCCUCGGGCUUCUGAUUUUGAUGAACCCGCCAACUUGCCGAAGAAGCCUUUCAGCUACUCUGCUGCCCCCUCUGAUUCAGAAAGCAAGCUUAUCAUUGACAUCAGCGAAGAUGAGUCUCUCUACGGUGAUGACGAGGGUGCGAAUAUGGACGUGGACUCCAGUCCGGAACAGGAAUCGGCCCCUGCUCCUUCCCUCGACGCCAUCAAACCAGCUCUUUCAAGGAAUUCCUCAACCGGAAGGAUGUCUAGCUCUACCCUCCAGGGGCACGAUCAAGAGAGUAUCCGCGAAAGGGAUCUCCAGAUCCAGGCUAUGCAUCGCAGGAUCGCAGAACUUGAACGAAAGCGAAAAGAGAAGCUUGCUGCCAGCCGCACACAAUCGCCUCUCCCUUUGGGUGAUUCAACUGUCUCUUCGAGUGGACAAUCUAGUGCUGCCAGUGCGGAUAUUCCCGAAACUCCCUCUGCCCUUGCCGCCCCGGCCUCGGGUUCCAAAUUGGCACCGACUACGUGCACUCAUAUCUCUACUCUUGUGGAUCGGCCGGAUCUCAUUAAUACCUUUAGUGAAUCCUCCAUCAGAGUUCUCGCCUCCAUGGAUAUCGCACAGUUGGACAGCAUCCGUUCUAAGAUCCUGCGCAUGAAAGAGAUUGAGUCUGGUCUCCCAGAACUAGAUAAUGAAAUCGAGUCAUCUGAGCAGCGUCUGGCUGCCUGCAGAGAAGAGGCCAACAUCCUGCUAGCAGAAAUUACAAAGGGCAAAGAAGGACGCAUUCUACUUGUUGAUGAGCUCAAGAGACUCAGUGAUGAGAUCGAUGGCUUGACAUUAGAAGAUCUUGAUGAGCUUCGCCGACAAGCUGAGAUCAAGGAGCAGCAUCUCGCUACUAAAGAAGCUUCGCCGGUUGCAACGGUUUCUGCAGAUGCCAAAAGCAGCCCCGUUCCUAGUGCACACGUUUUACCCAACGCCGAGGCGGUGACAAACAUGCCCGACGCUCAAGUCAACCGAACAGCGCAAAUCGACGACAUGGAGGAUGUUCAGGGGGAAGCAUCCCCUUCUGAAUCAAACUCUGGUGGGUCUGCCAUGGAUGAAUCCGAUGAUAGUGACAGUUUCGAGGAAACACCAUCCGUUCAAGAAGAGGCUCCUGUCGCAAGCCCUCCUGCCGAUGCAGAGCCUGUCCUCGAAGCUGCUGCCGAGGCUAGUAUCGAUCACUCGAACACAUCAGUCCAGCCCAAGAAACCGAGCAAUCUCGACGGGAAACGUCGGAGGAAUCAGAAGAUUAUGAGCCCCCCUGAGCCUGAUACUGGAGCAGAAUCACCUGGUUCAGCAUAUAGUCCUCCCCUAAGCCCCGCCCCGCUCGCCAUUCUGGACGGUCCUCCGAAUUCCGCUCCUUUGAAGGAACAGCCUCUGAAUGAAGUAUUCAUUAGUGCGCCGCCUCCCGUUCCGGCCUGGGAGCCACGACAGAUAACCGAAAUUCUUGGGGCACCUGGUGCAUAUCGCUUUCACCCCGAAUUCCUGAACGACGUUUCGGACGGUUACCGUUCGCUAACAUACAGCCAUGAUAUUGAUUCGAUGAAAAUGCUCUGCCCAUAUGAAUUGGCUGGUGGUGUGUGUAACGACAACACCUGUGGAUUCCAACAUUUCCGGGACAUAAUUCCAAGCGAUGACAAAAUUCUAGUUCAAAUGGGAGCUCUCCGCGAGGGCCAAACCGAAGAAGAAAAAGAAAAGUACCGCACCGGGUUGAAAGAAAUCAUCAACGGCAUGCGACGUGACAAGGUGAAAGAUUUCAUCACUGUGGCCAACGAGAUAGCCGCAUACCGUAGGCGUGUUCUCCAAGACCCAUCCCGAGUCUUGCACCUGUAA